CACACCGUCUAUGUCCGGAAAUUAUCUCAAUUGAAACAAGGGCACGACUGAACGUUCCGCCUGUGUGUUGGUCCUCUGUUGGUGCUACACACGGACCCAGAAAUAAGAUAAGAAAACGUUACAUAGGUCAUUUUCCACGACGAUGUGAUCAAGGGCACGUCUGCUUUGAACCAUCCAGUGAACCAUUGAAGUAAGUGAAGUGCCCCUAUUGCAAGAAAUGGCAGAGCGAGAAACAGAAGUCAGCCACCAGCACAAAGCAGGCACUGAAACAGAUAUCAGUGUAGACAAAACACAGUACAUAAAGUUGGUCCACGUCUCACAGGAGUACAAACAGGAGAAGGCUAAUAUUGCUCUGGAUGUAAAGCAGCAAGACAGCGAGAGUAAAAACAACAUUGGUGAAACCACGGAGCAGCCUGAUGACUGUGAUUCAGCUAAAGAGAAGGGGGUGCCUCUUACAGAAGAAUCUUUUCCACAUGAGGACAGCACCCCUUCUCAGGCUGAUGACGGAAGUCAUGGGGAUUACAACAGAAAGACGCCGAAAAGCGAGGGGCAAACCAAGAAGGCUGACAUUUCCAGUGCUUUACCUCCUGAAGACAGGGAGAUAAAGGAGAACAAAACCUACCUAAAGACAUCAUCGCCAGAGGAAAUCUCAGAGGAGGAAGAGAAUAAACAAAUGAAACUGAGAAAAACUGUUGAAAACAUCUGCAUUACCACUCAGGAGACUACUGAACCCACAGUUCCAGAGAUUACUGGAAUUCUUGGAGAGACCAACAAGCGUUUAUCAGCCGAAGACCACACUGGAGAUGAGAAAGAACCAGAAGCAGCCGCUUCAACAACCCCAAGUGACAGAGAGGAUGACCAAGUAGAUGGACCCAAAGCUAAACCUAAUGAAGACGCAAACACUAAAGCUGGAGGGAACAGGGAGAUACAGGAGAACACAACCUACCUAAAGACAUCAUCGCCAGAGGAAAUCUCAGAGGAGGAAGAGAAUAAACAAAUGAAACUGAGAAAAACUGUUGAAAACAUCUGCAUUACCACUCAGGAGACUACUGAACCCACAGUUCCAGAGAUUACUGGAAUUCUUGGAGAGACCAACAAGCGUUUAUCAGCCGAAGACCACACUGGAGAUGAGAAAGAACCAGAAGCAGCCGCUUCAACAACCCCGAGUGACAGAGAGGAUGACCAAGUAGAUGGACCCAAAGCUAAACCUAAUGAAGACGCAAACACUAAAGCUGGAGGGAACAGAGAGAUACAGGAGAACACAACCUCCCUAAAGACAUCAUGGCCAGAGGAAAUCUCAGAGGAGGAAGAGAAUAAAGAAAAAAUUAAACUGAGAAAAAUUGUUGAAAACAUCGGCUCUACCACUCAGGAGACUACUGAACCCACAGUUCCAGAGAUUACUGGAAUUCUUGGACGAAGUGUAGGAUGCCUGAAAGCAGUGGGUAUGGUGGUGGUUGUUGCCAUUCUGGUGCAUCAUCUCCUCCAGCCUGAGUCUCCACCUCCGAAAAACAAUGUAGACGUCUUCCUCAGGCAAAUGGAAAACCUGAAGAUGCAGUUCCCUCACCAGCGUGCUGAGCUCUGGAUUAGGAGCAGGAUCCACCUGCAGAGGCACCUCCAGACGGCCCAGCCCACAGCGCCAGUGAGUCUCAUCCUGACCGCUGGCCCCAGAGCCGAGAGGACACUGCACUGCCUGGCUCAAGGCCUGGCCUCCGCCUUCUCUUCUGCCCUCAACGGCUCGGUCCUCCACAUCGAUGGAGCCAACAAAGCCAGCGAGGACAGCGACCAGGUCAAACUGGAUAUCGACAGCAAGUUGCAAGGAGCUUUCGAGGGAGACAAACCCGUGGCUGUCAUUCACCGCUUCGAGGAGCUCCCUCCAGGCUCCACGCUCAUUUUCUAUCGCUACUGUGACCAUGAGAACGCUGCAUAUAAGAAGACUUUUCUGAUCUUUACAGUGCUGCUGGGGCACGAAAAGGAGAUUGAUGCCAAGAUGCCUUUGACUGAUGUGGAGGAGAUGGUGGACGACCACCUUCAGAAGAAGUUCAUUACUCAUGGCCACCCUGUAUCUUUUGACAGGAUGGACCUUGACAAGUACAGUGGACUCUGGAGCCGUAUUUCUCACCUCAUCCUUCCUGUGGCGACAGAGGAAAGGAUAGAACAUAAAGGGUGCUAGGGCACAUAAAUAAUCACUCUUUGUUUGAACCUUCAGGCUAAGAACUAAACUACCGCCUUACAUUGGUAUCAGAUCUCUCACUAGGCAACUCCAGUGAUUCUGGGGCUAGCACGCUGGUUUUAAAGACCCAAAGUUUUCUUACUAUAUUGAGGCUCACUAAAGAUGAAGGCAUCCAGUAGAAGUAAGACAUUUAUAAUAAUUAAGCUAUGGGGAUAUUAAUAAAACUUCUGUGGACAUCCAUCAUUAAAAAAAUGUUUGACAGAAA